AUGGGUGUCUUGAGCUGCAUGAAGUACCUGAUGUUCAUCUUCAACGUGCUGGUGUUUGCUGGGGGAACGUGCCUGGCAACCAUGGGAGUCUGGGUGGCCGUGGACCCGGCUGGUUUCCAGGGCAUCGUGGCCGCCAGGGCCGUGCUGAGCGCGGGCGCGUGGCUGCUGCUGGCCGUGGGCAUCGCCCUGUCCCUGCUGGGCUUCCUGGGCUGCUGCGGGGCCCUGCGCCGGAGCCGCCCGCUCCUGCUGCUGUUCUUCAUCCUCGUCAGCCUCGUCUUCCUCAUGCAGCUCAUUGGGGCCGUUCUCUUCCUGGUGCACUGGAAACAGAGGAACUAUGGUGGGGACGAGGGUGCUGAGGUGUUCUCCACAACCUGGAACACCCUCAUGGUCAUGGGCUGCUUCUCUACCUUCGGCAGGACCUUGCAGAGGUACAUCUCCCUCCCUGGGACCUGCAGCUUAGCCGUGCUGGGCAUUGAGAUCUUUGCCAUGUUCUUCGCCUUCUGCCUUUACUACAACUUCGACUGA